CCGUUUCUUUUUCUCACACCGCACGAGGAAGUUUCGGUUUAUUCAAAAUCACAAAACCAAACAAAAAAAAAAAAAAAAAACUCUCAAACCAUUUUCUCUCUAACUUCUCUGUCAUUUCUCUGUCUAGUGGCAAAGUAUGGCGGAUUGGGGACCUGUUGUGGUCGCUGUGAUCUUGUUCGUGCUUUUGACUCCGGGACUUCUCUUUCAGAUUCCGGCGAGAGGUCGUGUUGUUGAAUUUGGUAAUAUGCAGACUAGUGGAGCGUCGAUUCUCGUCCACACCAUCAUUUUCUUCGGUCUUAUCACCAUCUUCACCAUCGCCAUUCGUCUCCAUAUCUAUACCGGUUAAUUGUACCGUACCGGAUUCGUAACUUCCCCCGAUUUUCUAGUUUAUGGUUUGGUUUGGAUUUUCUUUCUUCUAUUUGUCUUGUCAAAACGUUGUGGAAUAUGUGAAUCUGAAUAUGCAUUAAGUUAAUUUCAAAAUCUGCUUUGUUUGAUU